CUUUGUUGCGAUUGUUACAAUUUUUCUGAAGCUUAAGCAAAUAUAAAAUUUUAUAUUAUUGAUCGAAUAUAUUUGCUAAAAAGAUAAUACGAAAAUGGCACAAAAAGUAACUUCAGACGAAGAAACUUACUUAAGAGCAGCUGCGUCCAAUGGCCAUGGAACGGAUACAAGUGGUGACUAUUUCGAGACAUCCGAGUCUGAAUUUGAGAAUAUUAUAAACUGCCAACCUGUUAAACGGAACGAGGCACUUGCUGCAUACGCACGUCAACGUAUAUUAAGCAAUUCUACUGAACUUAACAAAAAUCUUAGUUUUAUGACUUCCUCGUCGGAUGACGAGGGAGAUACUGAUUCUUUUGAUGAACAAAAUAACAUUUCUGUUCUUCCUAUGAAUUUUGAUGAAUCUCUUACACCACAUUUUAAUGAUUCGGAGCGUACUAAUCCAGCUGAUAAAACUCCGAAACAAGUACCUGCAGCCCACCAGACAUCUGAUAAAGAGCAGAAAUCUAUUAAGUCUAUUAAAAACACGGUUCGUGCUAAGCAUAAUAUACUUAAAAGCUUAGAAGAAUCAAAAACAAUACUUGUUAGACAAUUCAAUGUAGUAGCAAGUGAUGCUAAGGAAACAGAAGACGAACAGCAAACACUAUUAGAAAGAAAAGGACGACAAGUACCAAUUAGCGCAAUAACUUCUGAUAUUGAUUACUUUGAUUUAGAGGAAACGGAUGUUUCAGUUGUUGCGCUACAACAACAAUCAGGAGGAAGCAUGACUGCUUCUGGCGAGAGCGAAUGCGAAACCAACAGUAGUUAUCAAGUCAAGAAAAGUGCAAGCACACGCAGUGGAACAGUUAGCCCAAACGUUAUAGAUAGAAAGAGGUACGAAAAUGCUCAGCAGAUUGAAGAUGAUAAGUCUGAGAUGAAUAGAAAAUCGCGUGAGAAGUUAAUGCAAUUUAAAUUAAAUUUAUUAAAGUGGAAAGAAAGCCAAAAUUUUUCCAACAGUAGAAGCUCACAAGAGGAAGAAACUGUUGAGGAAAAUAUAAAAGAAGAUGCCUCAGAUGCUGAGUAUGAUGAUAAUGAUGACAAAGAGGAAUAUGUUACAGAGUCUUGUGACGAAGAAGUGGAGUAUGAAACUGAAUCUCUGACAUUGUCAGAAAAUGAAGCUGACUUAUCAGAAUAUGGCAGUUAUAGUACAGAUUCAACGAGUGCAGAAUAUACUACAUCUGCAACAGAUGAUAAUUCUACAGAGUAUACUGAUGCAGAAGUGACAGAUGAUUCAUCUCCGUGUACAUCUUAUGCUAAAAAUGAUAUGAUUAGGAAGCGCAUGCACACUAUAAUCCGCUCUGCCAAACCUUCAGAAAGUGAGCAGUUAAUAAAAUUAGAGGAAGCUAACAAAUCUCAAACAGAUCUUUUGGGUAAGAAUUUAUCUAAAGCAAGGUAA